CACCCUGCCAUAACGGCCUUUGCCACACCCGUUUUCCGGCCGGCUUUCAUGUGCUCCACGGCACGGCUCCGCGGAUGUGAACGGCACGCAAGGUAUCGGCGGCUUCUGGACCAGCCGGUCUUAAAACCUCUGAAGCCGGUCGAGGUGAAGGAGCCGCAGACGCCGACGGUUCCAGCGCUGCGGGCGCAGGCUUGGGACGAGCUCCGACCAGCCACCUCGCCGGCUUCGGCAUCUGAGCCAUCGCCGGUGAAGCGUGGUGUGCGGCGCAGGUCCUCUGUGCGUUGCCGCUCUGUGGAUUUCUCUGGAGAUUCCCAGAACAGCCCCUUGAAGGGUCGCCUGCAACGAGCGCUGGCACUACGGCGUGCCAGCCAGACAGGAGCUGACGUGCCGACCCAUCGGCGCUUAACCAAGAGGAAGGCCACUUGCCACGUCGACAUCAUUGAGGGGCGUCCAGUAAGCAAGGCUGAGCGGGAGAAGUGGGACACAGCCUUCGCACGUUACCAAAUGGAUGGAGAGAUCCACAUUGACGACCUAAAGGGGGCGCUGGUGAUGUGUGGAUUCUGUGAUUCGCGUGCUGCAGUCGUGCACAAAGUCUUGGCGGGGCUCACGAAAUUCAACACCCUGAACAAGGACGAGUUCUACCUUUUCGUAUGCCGUUUUGAAGCAGGGCUACAUGAGACCUACGAGUUUGAGUUCAGCCAGCUAGACACUUGUGGAGAGGGCACCAUUGAUGUGCUUCAGCUUGAACAGCUCCUGCGCCGCAUAGGGCAGCCAGUGCGCAGGUUUGUGCUUCGGGAGUUGGUGAUGGAAGUUGGCACCGACGGCGCUGGUCUCGUUGAUCUCAGUGGGUUUCGAAAGAUCCAGCAUCUCAUCCGGAAGCGUGAAGGCUUCACGACCAAAGAGCUGGACUCCUUUGAUUGGGUCUUCCAGCGGGUCGACCGGGACGGGAGCGACACGAUGAGCGCCAGCGAGUUCGCCAAUGCGUUGACCUGGUUGGGCUUCCCCUACCGAGCUGAGAAGCUCCAGGAGUUCCAUCGGCAAAGUGACGUAGAUGGGGAUGGCGAGCUGAGCGAAGGGGAGUUCAUUGCCUGCCUUCGGAGAGUACUGGAUGAGGAGAUGGAGCAAGUGGAGGCAUUUUUAAACAAAGCCCGUCCUUGCACAGGUGGCCGGCUGAAAGCCUUCAUCCACGGCUUGGGCUAUUCAUCCUCCCCGCAGGCGAUUCUGGAUACGCUAUCCGAGACGGUAGAUGUUGGGACACAGGCCAGCUUGCAAGAGAUGACAUUGGAUCUGAGUGUGGACGACGUCUGCAAAGUAUUGAGUAGCUUGCGGGCAUGUGACGGCUUCACCUACAGUGAGUUGAGGGAGGUGAAGAUGGCCUUCAACCUCGCCAACCCGGAGAAGCAGGAGCAACUGCAAGCUCCAGCCAUCAGCAGGGCUCUUAGAAUUCUGGGGCACCCUUUGCCUUUGCCAGAGAUCUUGCGGCUCAUUGCGGAGGUUGAUGCGGAUGGAGGUACCUCUCUGGAUUUCACCAUGUUUGUGAAAGUGGUACGCAAGUGCAAUGAAAAAGACCAAGCGAGGGCCAUGGCAGUUUUCCAAACGUACGACGCCAACCAUGAGGGCCUGUUGGACAUGGAGCAGCAGAGUGAUGCCUUUCAAGCGCUCGGCUUGGUGGAUGCGGAUGGCCGUCUCCCACGCCGGAGUCACGGUGAGAUGGAGGGGGCCGACCUUCGAGUCUUUUUGGGCAUCAUUGAACGAUUUAAAAAGUCCUCUCUGGUGACCCUCCGCAAGAACCAGGGCUUCACGUCUGUAGAAGUUUUUGAGCUCAACUCGCUCUUCAAGAAUUUUGAUGAGGAUCACGAUGGCCACAUCACCAAGCAGGAACUGGUGGGGAUCAUCGAGGUUUUGUUCCCUCUUGAGGCACGGUCGAAGCAAUUUCGACCGUUUCUAGUCCAGCUGUUGCAGGAGGAGGAGGACUGCGCCCCUCGAAGCUUCUCAGAUUUCCUCGUGGUGAUGCGGAAGAUCACGGAUCAACAGGAGCAGCUUGAGUUUGAGCGGCAGACAGAGUUGAUCGCGCAACUGGGCUUCUCACACGCUGAAGCAAGCCAGUUUCGGGAUUUGUUCAUCAUGGCCGACGAGGACAGUGUUGGCAGACUCUCGUUUGAUCAAAUCAAACGAAUGCUUUGCAAAAGCCUUCGCCUCAGCGACCUUCACCUGGAACGGCUGCGGACGAUUUUCCAGCAAACCCUCUUGCGGUCGGGGAUUCGCAAUGAGAAGGCGGGCUACGCCGAAUUCCUGCAAAUCAUGAGUGAAGUGGUGCAAGAGGACUGGUGCUCCCAGCUGCCUUGACUUCGCACGCUACAACAAAUGUGAAAGGGUGGGCGGUGGGCAGCAACACCUUGCCAGCUCCAUGUGAGCUUCAAACCAGGGCGGUGAUGUAUCUACGCCAGCCGCAGGAACAAAGGAAGGGUAUGAUUGCAGGGCGGGUGCUCGGCAAGAUGAAUUAACUCGGAUCUCCGACAUUUCAAGAUGGACCUCUAAGAGGUCGCAUCCUCCAGGGAUCUCCCCGAUCUUGAUCUGACCAAAAGUAGGCAGGCCACUUGGUGGGACCAGAAAGGAGUCUCAGCCAGGAUCAAUGGCUUGCCUGGGCCGCCUCGCCAUGACCAACGUGUGAAUUUCCCUUCUUGUGACCACGCUGUGUUUGAGUGGUGAUUUGCGAUCACACUUUUGGGCCGUGGUGGGCGUCUGUUUGAAUCCCUUCCUGACCGGAGCUCCAAGGCAUUUCAUGACCGAUGGAGCUAUUGACAUGACCGGGGAGGGAUUGAUAGCAGUUUGCUGCAGCUUCAAGGGCCAGUCUGAAACAUCCCUCUUCACCACUCCCGGCGCUGGGAUGGGAUGGAAUGGAUUCACUCGGGUCCCGUGUGGGAGUUCCAAAGAUGUUCCGGGUCCACCCAUGCACGGGCGACGUGUUGGACCCUGUUUAGCUGUGGUUUCGUGCCAUGGAUCGAUGCGUCACUGUUUGUACAGCAACCGUUUGACGCAGAGAGAUGGCUCCCGUGGACACACCCGUUUGAGCAGAAGGGAUUCUUUUCUCUGAACUUGUCGGGGAUUGAUCCAAGC